AUGAACGCGGAAAAACUUCUCAAAACUCUUCCGGUUUUACAAUCACAAGUUGAUAGUCUUUUGGAAUUCGAUUGUACGGCAAAUGAUUUAACCAACGGAGUCAUAAACAUGGCUUUCAUGUUGUUAUUCCGCGAUUUGAUUCGGCUUUUCGCUUGCUACAAUGACGGAAUCAUUAAUUUAUUAGAAAAAUAUUUUGACAUGAACAAAAAACAAUGUCGCGACGCGUUAGAUUUGUAUAAAAAAUUUCUCAUACGGAUGGAUAGAGUGGGUGAAUUUUUAAAAGUCGCAGAAAACGUCGGCAUAGACAAGGGAGAUAUUCCGGAUUUAACGAAAGCUCCGAGCAGUCUAUUGGAUGCUCUCGAACAACAUUUGGGAGCUCUCGAAGGGAAAAAAGGAUCGGCUGCCAACACUCCGACUCAAUCCGCCAGCAAUAGAACGAAUGUUAAGUCUGGCGUCUCCGCUCUAUCUUCCACCAGCAGCGCUUUCGGAACAGUGGCUGCCAGUACGAGAUUGGAUUCGGCGUCUUCGGCCGCAAACGGAAUCGACGAAAGCGUCAGGCAGCAGGCCUUGGCGGAAGAAGAAGCAGCCAUGAGACAAUACAAUGCAAGUCGCCAAGGUGCAAUCACCGACUAA